AUGACACGUUACUUUGCUCCAAAUCGUGAACGAAAUCCAGAUUCAUAUAACAUAUUGUCUUCAAGUUCUCGCUUGACCGAAGAAAAAGACGUAAAAGAUAUGGUAACUGAGACUCCAGUAGAAUUGAGACCAGGAUUGGAUGUUUUAAUUAGAAAGUGCAAAGAUAACAAUAUACCAUUCUUGAUAUUUUCAGCUGGAAUUGCUAAUGUCAUUGAAGAAGUUCUUACCACGAGAAACCUCUAUCAUCGUAAUAAUAUGCAUAUCAUAUCUAAUCAAAUGGGAUUUAAUUCAGAAACCGGAAUAUGUGAUCAUUUUAAAGUACCUCUGAUUCACAUAUUCAACAAAAGUGAGAUUAUAAUCAAGAACAGUCCUUAUUACACUACUAUCAAGAAUCGUGGGAACGUUAUUUUACUGGGUGAUUCUAUUGGUGACAUCCAUAUGGCGGACGGAAUUCAACACAAUAUUUGUUUAACCGUUGGCUUUUUAAAUCAUAAUGUUGAGGAUUAUAUAAAUACUUAUUUAGAAACGUUCGAUAUUGUUGUAGUUGAUGAUGGACCAAUGGAUACAAUAGCAUUUCAGAAUGUAAUUUACAAAACAACUAGAAAGUAUCCAACAGUUUCACCUGCGUCAAAUAUUUACGCUAAUAAAGGCAAUCAAUCAACAUCUCUGAGUGCUAUUUACAGAUUACCGUCAUGGUCAACAAUCUUUUCAUCUACGUCAAAACAUGCAAAUGACAAUAGUAUCAUUUCAACAAGAGGAUUUAAUCCAAAAACUUUUAAUUGCAAACCACCGAACUAUGAAAUUUGGACUAGUACAGAAAUCAGUAAUCGCCGUUUGGAUAAGGCUUUUUGGGAUAAAGCAGAUAAAGGUCCAAUUUAUUUAUUUUUUAGUGUUAAUGCUAGUUAUGUUAAUGGACGUUUCUGUGGUAUGGCAGAAAUGCUUACUCCUGUAGAUUAUACAAGUUCUUAUUCUGUUUUGGAGAAAGACAAAGGGUGGGGUUGGGGUGUGAUUAAAGUUAAAUGGAUUUUUGUUAAAGAUAUUCCCAAUGGCCAGUUGAGACAUAUUAGAGUAGGAAAUAACGAAAAUAAACCCAUUACUAAUAGUCGUGAUACUCAGGAACUUUAUUCUGAACCUGGUCGCAAUAUGGUGAAAAUAUUUUUCGAUUAUCGUAGUAAAACAUCAAUAUUAAAUGAUUCUAAAUUUUAUGAUAAACGUCAAGUAAAAAUGCAAAGAUUGAUUGCACAACAGAGAUCAGCGAGUCCUGAA